CCCGCUGGCCGGCCGGGUCGCCUCCCGCCGCAGGACCGGUGCGCCGCGCUCGGGGGGCCAUGCAGCGCCUGGCCAUGGACCUGCGGAUGCUCUCCCGGGAGCUCUGCCUCUACCUGGAGCACCAAGUCCGCGUGGGGUUCUUCGGUUCCGGGGUGGGCUUGUCCCUGAUCCUGGGCUUCAGCGUCGCUUAUGCCUGCUACUACCUGAGCAGCAUUGCCAAGAAACCCCAGCUGGUGACCGGGGGCGAGAGUUUCGGCCGCUUCCUGCAGGACCACUGUCCCGUGGUGACCGAAACGUAUUACCCAACAGUCUGGUGCUGGGAGAGCCGAGGACAGACCCUGCUGAGACCCUUCAUCACGUCCAAGCCCCCGGUGCAGUACAGGAACGAACUUAUUAAAACUGCAGAUGGAGGGCAGAUUUCGCUGGACUGGUUUGAUAACGAAAACAGUGCAUGUUAUGUGGAUGCCAGCACCAGACCCACUAUUUUACUGUUGCCUGGCCUCACCGGAACAAGCAAGGAAUCCUAUAUCCUUCACAUGAUCCAUCUCAGUGAGGAGUUAGGAUACAGAUGUGUGGUUUUUAACAACAGAGGAGUGGCGGGAGAGAGUCUCUUGACGCCACGGACUUACUGUUGUGCAAACACGGAAGACUUGGAGACGGUUAUCCACCAUGUGCACAGCCUGUACCCUUCUGCGCCUUUCCUGGCAGCAGGAGUUUCCAUGGGAGGAAUGCUGCUUCUAAAUUACCUGGGCAAAAUUGGGACCAAAACUCCUUUGAUGGCAGCUGCAACUUUCUCAGUUGGUUGGAAUACUUUUGCUUGUUCAGAGUCAUUGGAGAAACCACUCAACUGGCUGCUUUUUAAUUACUAUUUGACCACCUGUCUGCAGUCUUCAGUUAAUAAGCACCGACACAUGUUUGUCAAGCAAAUUGAUAUGGAUCAUGUCAUGAAGGCUAAAUCCAUCAGAGAGUUUGAUAAACGAUUCACCUCAGUCAUGUUUGGAUACCGGACAAUUGAUGAUUAUUACACCGAUGCCAGUCCCAACCUCAGACUGAAAUCUGUAGGGAUUCCAGUGUUGUGUCUGAAUUCUGUGGAUGAUGUUUUCUCACCCAGGCAUGCUAUUCCAAUAGAAACUGCUAAGCAAAACCCUAAUGUUGCUUUGGUCCUCACGUCUUAUGGAGGCCAUAUUGGUUUUCUGGAAGGAAUCUGGCCAAGGCAAUCCACUUACAUGGAUCGAGUCUUCAAGCAGUUUGUGCAGGCCAUGGUAGAACAUGGACAUGAGCUUUCUACCAUGUAGUUCUUGGGGUGCAUUUUGGCUGAAGAACCAUUGUAAAGGUAUCUCCAAUUAGUGCACAAAUUUUAACUACUGUAAAUAUAGAAAAUAAGCCAGCAUAUGGGUGAAGAGGUCCAGAAUGACAAGCAAAAACUACUUUUUAGGGAAACAAAACACCUUUGUAGCAAGAAAUUAAAUAUAGAAUUAGAUUGUUACUUAUGUAGAUUUUAUUUUUACUAUGCCUUACCAAAUAUGACCUUAAAUAAAGUAGUACAUACAUGAAAUUGCACUUAACCAAAACUGUUGUAUAAGAUUUUAAUUCCUCAGGGUUUUAAUUUAGGCUAGUAUUUUUUUAGAUUACUCAUUUUAGGUGAUUUAAUGGUACUUUAAUAACUGUUAAGAGAUUUUGGUUAUAUGGAUGUAAAAAAAGUUGGCACAUUCCUAAGGGUAUUUAUACUUGAUGAUAACAUGAAAACUGAAAUAAGAUAAAAUACAAUGGGCUAAAUCUUUUAUGUAUUCUAACUCUGAAGGGCAAGUGCAACGAUGUUAGACUGACUUAUAAACAUGCUCUUCUACUCUGAUAAUAUUAAACUAGGGCUGAUUUAUGUUUUAUAAUGAUUAUAAUUUACGAGCUUAUUUUUAAAAUAGUAUAU